AUUUUCUUAGAAAAUUGGAUGUGAUAAGGAGUUUGAUUCGAAUAUGAUGGAAGAUGAUUGUGGAGUAUGUGGAGGGGAUAAUUCUCAAUGUCAAUAUCCCAAGGAAACAUACACGGAUACGUUGGACACACAAAUAAAACUUAUCGCUCGAGUUCCCUCUGAUGCUCAUAACAUUAUUAUAUCUCGGCCGUACGAUGACCUGUAUGACAUUGUUAUUAGCGAAGCAAAGACAGGAAAGAUUUUGCUUCAAACCAAAGAUGUAGAUCAAGAAAGUAGACAAGUUGUAGAAGCACACACAAUGUUUAUCAUCACAACGAAUGACAUUCAACAACAGAUUGCGGCAAAGGGACCAAUGAAUAUCGACAUAGAAGUUUCUGUAAGUCUCCGAAAAUGUUAAAUAAAUGUAAUAAUUUAAAUACCUUAUAUUUUAUAUUAUUACAUGUAUCACAGGGCAUCUAAUUGCACAUUCCAAUUUGAUUUCAUAUAGGCUUUUUAUUGAUCAUAACCAUAUUUUGGUAAACACACCAAAUAUUUUAUUUUACAAUAUUUUGCGUU